AUGAAGUUCCACUCUGUUGCUAUUGCCAUGCUGGCUGCUUCCACCGUCCAGGCUGCCACUCUUCCCAAGUGGUGUGGUCAUCCCGGCCAGGGCUGCUACAUGAUGAAGCGCGCCGCCGAUGCUUCCUUCGAGGUCAAGCGCCACGCUGAUGCUCUCGCCGAUGCCAUGGCUGGCUCCCACCCUCUCGUUCUCCAGAAGUGGUGUGGACACCCCGGACAGGGCUGCUUCAAGGCCAAGCGUGCCGCCGAGGCCGCUAACGAAGUCAAGCGCUCCGCCGAUGCUCUCGCUGACGCUAUGGCUGCCCUCGAUGAGGAGGAGUAA